UCUCUUGUAAUGGCUGACGCGCGAAUGAUGUUUCUGAUAUUUUAUGUAGAUAUUAGUCAAUAUCUCUUCUAUUAAUUAAUAUUAUCACCAAACCACAACGUAAACUAACGUGUAACAAGUGUGUUUUAAUUCGGAGUACAAAAUGAGUGACAAAUUGAAGCAGAUUCCCCAACAGAAGUUGAAGGCAUUUUCGAUUGGAUCAAUGGGAAAACGGACACUUUCUAAAAAGGAGCUUGAAGAGCAGCGGAAAAAAGAAGAAGAAAGAGCUGCAGCACAUGCUUUUCAAGAGUUUGUCGAGACUUUCCAAGAGACUCCAAUAAAUGGAGGCAGCAAGGUAUGGGUCAAAGCAGGCACGUAUGAUGCAGGAGCAAGAAAGGAAGAUACACGUGAAAAAGGCAAACUGUAUAAACCACAAUCACGAUUAUCAUCAAAUGAUGCAAACACGACGGAUGCCGCCCAAGCUUAUGCAAAAUUACUUGCCAAUGAGAAGAAACCAGAGAGAUUGGGCAAGAGAAAAUCAAACAGCAAGAGUAAUCUUGAGUCAUUUAAAGAAGAACUCAAACAAAUACAAGAAGAAAGAGAAGAACGCCAUAAGUACAAAGGAAUGAGCAGAAAUGCUGUGGAGAAUGACAUGGAUCUUUUCCUCAAGGGAAAUGACAUUGGGUCAUUUGAUAAUGGUGAUCCUACAACAACCAAUUUGUAUUUGGGUAACCUAAACCCCAAGAUAACUGAACAGCAACUGAUGGAAGUGUUUGGACGUUUUGGUCCAUUGGCAAGUAUUAAAAUAAUGUGGCCUCGAUCAGAUGAAGAAAAAUCACGAGGUAGAAAUUGUGGAUUUGUCGCGUACAUGAGUCGGAAAGAUGGGGAACGUGCUUUACGUUGCUUAAAUGGAAAAGAUAUUCUUGGCUACGAAAUGAAGUUAGGCUGGGGAAAAUCAGUUGUAAUCCCACCACAUCCGAUUUACAUCCCACCUUGUCUGCUGGAGUUGUCAUCACCGCCACCACCAUCUGGAUUACCUUUCAACGCGCAACCCCAGGCUAGGGACAAAGACGUUCUGCCUAAGAGUGCGGAGGAACUCAAUGAAAUACUAUCUAGAAGUUUAGUUAAAGUUGUAUCGCCGACUGACAGAGCUCUGUUGAUGCUCAUUCAUAGGAUGGUUGAGUUUGUCGUGCGGGAAGGACCCAUGUUCGAGGCUAUGAUCAUGAAUAGAGAGAUAAAUAAUCCUUUGUUUAGAUUUUUGUUCGAGAAUCAAAGUCCGGCGCACACUUACUAUCGAUGGAAGAUUUAUUCAAUUAUGCAUGGCGAUUCACAACGAGAGUGGAAUACGAGGGAAUUUCGUAUGUUUAAAGAUGGUUCUGCAUGGAAACCACCUCUAAUGAACAACUACACCGCCGGCAUGCCAGAAGAACUCGUUAACGACGACGAAGACCGCUCGAACACCAAAGGUUCCCUUUCAAUAACCCAACGUGACCGUCUUGAAGACCUCAUCCGCAACCUAACACCUGAACGCAAGAAAAUCGGCGAAGUAAUGGUGUUCUGCAUUGAACACAGCGACGCCGCUGAAGAAAUCGCCGACUGUAUUCUUGAAUCCUUAUCUAAUGACACCACAGCGAUAAAUAAAAAAAUUGCGCGUUUGUACCUCAUCAACGAUAUCUUACACAACUGCGCUGUUAAAGUUACACGAGCCUCUUCAUACCGACGAGCAUUCGAGAGCAGAUUAAUCGAGGUAAUGAAACAAAUCAAAAUGGCGUAUGACAAGAUGGACGGCAGAUUGAAAGCCGAUGGGUUCCGAAUGCGUGUUAUGCGCGUAUUAAAAGCAUGGGAAGAUUCAAUCUUCUCAAAAAUAUACAUGGAUAAUUUAACAAACACGUUUCUGGGGAUAAUCGCACCAGCUGUCGAUGACAAAAUGGACGAUGUUGAUGGUUGUCCCGUUGAAGCGGAAACAGAUGAAGAUGUACCUAUGGAUGGCGCUGCAUUGUUAAAAAGCGCAUUGAAACAAAAUAUGAGAAGUCCAUCACCUAUUCCAUCAGAUUAUGAUGGUGUUGUUAUUGAAGAUGAUUCCUCAACCGCCGGUUUCAUCAAAUCCAAAUGGGAGACAGUGGAUCCAGAACAAGUGGAGGCACAGGCAAUGACCACGAGUAAAUGGGACAUGUUGGAGCACAGCGGCGACCAGAGCAUGGACAGCAGCCAGGCGGACAACGACGGCUCCAAUGACUAUACGGAUAGCAGAACUAUGACUGAAGAGAGGCGCACAAGGUUGCGCGAAAUUGAAGUGAAAGCUAUGCAGUAUCAGGACGAGUUAGAGUCCGGCCAGCGAUCGGUGAAGUCCGGCUGGACGGUGCCGCAGCACGUCGAGCAUUACAGGCGCAAGCUGCUGAGGAAGUCCGAACGCGAACGUCGAGACAGCUCCGAGGAGGAUUACUACCUUACCUCUAGAAAACAUAAAAAGCAUGCGCGCAGCUCUUCGAGUGGGUCCACAUCAAGGCACAGGUCGAAAAGUCGUUCGCCAGCGCGCAAGAAAAGCACACGAGCCCCCAGCCCGCCCAGCCCCCCACGAAUCAAGUCGCACGGGUCGCGUUCCUCGCGUCACAAUCGCAGUCCUUCACCUUCCUCGAAAGGUCGUUAUUCACCCUAUUCCCCGAGACCUUCCUCUGGUAGGCAUGAUCGCAAGUCGCCGUCCCCGCGCGUGCGAAAUCGUUCACCCGAUGUGCGCAAACACAAGCACAAACAUAAAUAUUAGAUGUGUAAUUCCACAACUUUAUGCUUCUUACAAGUUGUUCAUGAUCCAGAGUUGUUAAGUCGUUUUUUGGGGGGUUGGUCGGCGCUGCGUCUGCGUCGUCGUCCGAAGAAGUGUAUUUGUGUUCCAUGGCCUUUUUUACAGGAUGGUGUGUGAUUUAUUUUUCUUUUUAUCCAAUAUUCCAAGUAGUAGACUUUAUUAUUGAAUAAUUUCUAUUUUUUUUUAUACUUGCACAUGAUAUUGUAUAGACUUGUAAUUCGUUUAAGAAUGUAAAUUUUAACAUGAUAUGUCUACAACAGGAGAAA